AUGCUGGUGGUUUGGUUUUUCUUGAUUGGCUUGUGUCAAAUAACAAGGAGUGGAUUUGGUCCGAUUGAUAAUUUGUACUUAACGUUUGCUUUUUUAGGCGCUUCAUUAUAUCUAGAAUGUACACAUCAUUUACGUUGUUCUGAGGCGGAUCGCAUAAAAUGGCUUGAAUUACGCGAGCAUGUGAGAAAUCUAGUCAAAUUGGGUAACUUAGCACGAGAAGAUGGCUAUAUUCUCGAAUCGGCAAAAUUUCGUCGCUCAUUGCAAUAUCGUGAUUUUCUAUGUGCUGAAUAUCGUAUCAGCGGAUUCUUUCUUCAAAAUGCUAGCAAUUAUAAUUUGCAAGUAGCUUGUUUAUGGGUCGGUGGUGAGAUGAAUGCAUCGUGUGGCUUGGUACCUUCAAGUUAUAAACCUUUUGGCUAUUAUAAACCACAAAAAUGGCGUCAAAUGUUGUUUGUAAGUUGA